AUGAAUGAUCUUCUACAAGAGCUUGAGGCUCUGAAAAUUUCGGGAGACUUUUCCGAGGGAGGAUUAUGGGCGGCGUGCAUUGAUCUGAUCGAAAAGACUUACGUUCCUGGGAAAACGAUCGGUGCCAGCCGUCCAUGCGAGGAGAAAGAUUUCAGAGAGUACAGACAAAUAGUGGAUAGGAAUUUGCGAAACAUUAGGUCUAUGCUUUAUCAUAUUGUUCAUAAUCGCAAUGAGGGGAAUGUGCAUAUAGAUGUGAAUGCAUCGGCUGUUAGAACUUUUACCGUUAAAUUAUUGUUGCUUGUUGGGGAGCACCACGAGAAAAAUAUUUGGAACACAGCAGAAUCUGUGUCCACCUCCAAAGAUUUAUUGAGCGGUAUCUUGGAAUUGUAUAAAUGUCAGAGCAUUACUCAGUUUUUAAUGGAACAACACAAUUUUACCACAACAAUAUUAACAUUAAGACCCAAACUAUUGAAAGAUACUUGGAAAUAUUAUCCAGCAGCUGUAGCAUGUUAUAAAUGGAUUUUAUAUCAAACAGAGAAACCAGCUUUAUACAAUCAUAUGGGUGAUGUUCUUCCCACAGCUUUAAUAAUUGUUGAUGACUAUAUGGCAGAAAAUGUGGUGAUAGGUCUUGAAUGCUUAUGCCAAAUUGUUCAGCAUUUUCAUUUGAAAAAGGUAUUAAUAGACACUGGAUAUGCCAAAGUAAUAUUUCAUGCUUUAGAGCGUUUAACUCAUCAGAGAGAACCAAAAUAUGUGAUAUUGGUAUAUUUGUGUAUAUCAAGUUUGUUAGCUACUAUGGAACAUUGGGAUAACACAUUAAAUGUCUUUGAAUGGACACAGCGUGAUGAUGUUCUAGCUAUUCUAUUAGAUAACAUGGAAUUUGAGCAAAAUGUAGAGCUCAGACAUGUUUAUAUGCUGAGCUUGCCCCAACUUUUAACUAACAUUGGUUGCGCAAAAUGGUGUGAAAGAUUAACCAGAAUAUUGUCUGAAUAUUGUGAACACCAUACAGAUCUUAGGACGUUAAAGGCAACACUGGAGACAGCCAAGACAUUCCUAUUGAUGUUUCAUUUAAGGGUUGCAGCUCACUGUGUACCUUUGUACACAGCACUUUUAAAAUUGCACUUUGAUUUAACAGAAACACCAGUAUUUGACAAAGGAAUAAUUCAAAAUUUGGAGGACUGUAUUUGCUUAUUAUACAAAUUGUCCCCAAAUAUAGGUUGUGCAGUGAUGAAGGAUGACCGAAUGCGUUCAGUGAUAAAAAAUAGUCUGCAAGUAGUAUGCCUAGGUGAUACCAAAUAUUUCGAGUGAAUGAAUUAUAUAGGUCUGUUUUAGAAUCAAAACCAACAAAUUGUAUGG